AUGGCUGAAGAUACUCACUCCUGGGGCGCGCCGCCGCCGCCAUGGCCUCCAGAGCAAGCGGCGGAUGAGCUGAGGGCCCGCUUAGUCAACGCGCUUACAUCUUUCCACAAAUGUGCCAAGGACAUUGAAGAGUGCAAGGCCAUAUUCGACAAGUUUUCAAAGGCUGUCGACCUACUCGAGCAGCUAACAUUGACCGGUGAAGGUGUUGGCGGCGCCGAGCAGUACUGGAACAUGGUGUCUGACAAGAUCCCGGCCUCGAACGAAGACGCGUUCAAGCUUGAAGCCAGGAUCCAGCGAGACAUGGAGACUCAUAUGGUUCCAGAGCUUUCCAUCAUCCGCCUUCGUCGAUGCGCUGCUGUUCUCAUUGCCUACGACGCGGGGAAGGCACUGAAGUACGAAACAGAACUGAUGGGAAGCCAUGUCGUUAAGCACCCAUCGUCAAUCAAAGGGUUGCCAGCGUCGCCAGAAUCACAAGCCCAUUUGCAAGAACUGGGAAAGAGGAGCACAGAGAGACUAGUGAGGAAGAGGGACAAAUUGAGAGGCCUGAUCGCCAGUCUUGAGGAAGGAAAUUUUCAACUCGGCAGCGCACUAAGAGCCUCGCGUCGGGAGCUCACGGUGCAGAUGAGCCGAAGAGCAGAUACAGUCAACGGAGCAACCGAUGAGCCAUACAGAACUGACAGAUUCCAAGAGCUUUUGGAGAUGGACGCAUAUAGUCGGGGUAGCUGGAUUUCUAAGUAG